ACAAAAAUAAAAUCCCGCGUUUCAAUGAGUCGCAUUUUUUGUUAAUUGGACAUAUGUGAAGUUUUUGAUCGGUAAAUUUGUUAAUAGUAGUUAAAAAUUAGUUAAAUCGUAAUAUAACAUGUCUUCUACUCGUGAGAUUGUCACAUUACAAUUCGGCAAUUAUGCAAACUAUAUUGGAGCGCAUUGGUGGAAUAUACAGGAAUCCAGCUUUAGUUACAAUCCUGAAGACGCGCCUUCAGAAAUUUCUCAUGACGUAUUGUACAGAGAAGGUGUCAAUUUAAAUAGGCAGGUAACAUAUACACCUCGUCUAUUGCUAGUUGAUUUAGAUGGGUCUCUAAAGCAUCUUCCGCGUGAAGGUGAGCUCUACGGAAAUAGUAUAAAACGUACAAAUGAAAGCAUAGAAUCGACUGAGGAUGUAAAAAAAAUUAAAGAGGAGUUUCAAAACCUAUCCACAGAUGUGGAGGUGGUAGAGCAACCACAUGCUACUAAACAUGAUUUCCAAAAAGAUCUCGAAGACCCCGUAAUCGAUAUACAAGAGAAAAACUAUAAUUUGGCUGAUAAUGUUGAUACAUGGACGGAUUACCUUUAUGCACGCUAUCAUCCACGAACUGUAAAUAUAGUUAACGAUUAUAAACAUAGUACUGAGAAGCAAACUUUCGAUACAUACACAUGUGGUGUACAACUUUGGCAAACUGAGCAAUUCGAAGAUGAAUUCUGUGAUAAAAUACGACAAUAUGUCGAAGAGUGCGACUUUCUGCAAGGUUUUCAAACAUUAUUUGACUGCUUUAAUGGCUACUCAGGCUUAGCCACUGCAUGCAUGGAAUACCUCAAUGACGAAUAUGGAAAAGCAAAUUUUGCUUUACCAGUGUAUUCACCACGUAACACGCUAUUUGAAAAUGCAGAUGAACCCAUGUCGGACUCUAUACGUGUUGUUAAUAGCGCAUUGGCGUUCCACAAGUUAAGUGAACAAGCUUCGCUAUUUGUACCCCUCAGCACAAGCGAUCGUGUGUGGCGGCAAUUAGGUGCAGCGCGUCAACUGCGCUCACUUACUUACCAGCCACAUAAUUUGUAUCAGACGUCUGCUGUACUCGCAGCAUACUUGGAUACAAUUUCAUUGCGUUAUCGGCUGCGCAAUGCACCUAGUGCUUACUCGCUGGCUGGUUUCUGCGGUGAUUUAAGUAAUUACGGCCGCAAAUUGGCGGGCGCCGCUUUUGCAUUGCCAUUUCCUAUGCAACACAACCAAGAUCUUAUUGAUUGUUUGGAUCAAUUUGAAGGUCCAAUUUUCACAUCACUCACACCCAACUGCAGCAUUGGCACCGAUUAUGUAAUACAAACUUUGUGUGUACGCGGUAUAACACGCGAUCGCCUAAAACAGCCUCUGGAAAAGGCUAAAGAACAAAUGCGCAUGGCUGCCUAUAAAUGUGAUAGCGUCUCUGAAAUGUUCCAACUGUACUUGCAAUGUGCCAAUCAUGCGAGUAUGUCACAUGUGGCAUCGGUGUCAAUGGCUAUGCCAACGCGUAUACCGUUUCCAAGUGAAAUGUUUGCCGAAGAAAUGACAAAAUUGGGUUUUCUCUCACCAACCACAAAGAGGCAACCAGAAGAGAAAGUUGUAUCUGUGCCGACGCUAGCCGCUGCACAGUCAUCUAGCGAGUUGGGUGAUACGCUAGAAACGCUGCAUCGCGAGGCUAAACGUGUGAAAAUAGCCAAACUGCACCGAUAUAAAGCAGCUGGCUUGGAGGAGGAUGAUUAUGUCGACGCGCUCGAGCAGCUAUUGCUGUUCAAAGACAAUUACGAAGAUAACUUUGAGUUGUGAACAAAAGUGAAAACGCGAAAUACGUAUACUCGUAAAAUAGUAAUUAGUGCGGUUAAGAAUACGCGAAUACAAAAUACUUUAACAUAUAAUGCAUGAAAUUGUGACUAAGCUAAAUAGAAUUACACUCAUAGCAGAGUCAAGACACAUUUUUUAUACAACUUUGAUCAACCAUCAUUGAAAUAAUCUAAACUACAAUAUAUUUCACUUUAAAGUUUGCUGGGUUGUUUAACUUCAAAGGCCGCCAAGCAACUCUUCGCUAA